GGAGAGAGUUGGAAAAAUCGAAUUAUAACGGAAAAAACCAAUGGAAUAUUUGAAAUGAAUAGUGUGGAAUGUAAAAUAAAACAACAAAUUCUUACACCAUGAAAAUAGAAGUGAAAAUUGUCUACGAAAAGUGAAAAUUCUUGAAAUCAAUUGUCAAUAACCAAAAACCAAGAAAUCCUUAAAAAACGGAAACCGAAAACAAAUCUACACUCAUGAAUAAAGUGUCGCCAUUCGUAAAAAGUAUUUCGCAAUUGCAAACAAUUGGAAUAUUUCAAUUAUGAAGUUAUGCAAAACUUUAUCCUGCUUGUCAGACUUAAAGCCUUGCAGCACUCGGCAGCAGUUUAUUUCGUUUAGAGUGGAAAUGCCAUUGGUAGAGCAGCAGGAAUUACAGCAACACCGAGAAACACCAAAAGGAAUUGUUGUUGUUUUUGACGUCAGAAGUCAUUAUUAAGGCCUAAAAUAACGAAAAAACACCAACUCGUGAACAAGUGAAGUGACAGAAAUACAGACAGACACGCGGGUCAUAUAAUAGAAAGAUACGUAAUAUGUUUGUGGUGAAUAGUUAAUGGUUUCUAGGCAUUUUGUUGUUUGUCCACUAAUAAAAGAAACAACAACAACAAAGAACGGUGUAAUCAUAGCAACAACAACACCAGAAAAAUGAUUUCCGAAAGAUUUGUAAAAGUUUUAAUCGUUCUCAUCGGAUUCGCAUUGAAAUUUCCCAAUUGUUAUGGUGACGUCGGUCUGCCGUUAAUACAAAUAAGUCACGAUGAUGAUGACUUUGGCGAUGAUUAUCCUGAAUUACGUGAAGAGGUCCAUUUGGAAGAUUUUUUUUGGACGGGUUCGGGGGAUGGUCCUCCGGAUUAUUUAAAACAGGUUCACACCGGCAUUAGCAAAGGAAAAGAUGUUGUUGUUAAAACCGAAACGGUGGUGGCCACAGUUUAUGUAGAUGGUAAUAAUGAAGUUGAUAUUCCCAUAUGUCUCGAUUGCUAUGGAGAAGGUACUGUGGGUAUAGACGGCGUAUGGAAUGGGGCUGGAGCACCACCCUUAAAUUACUCUGCCACCGAUAGACGUUAUUGGUUGCUAACUGUCAUGUCGGGAUUUUAUACACAGAAAGAUAAUCCGAUGUUGGAAGAAAAGUUGGCCAGACUAUAUCGUUUGGCAUUUACCAGGCAACAAACCAAACAUUUGGGUAUAAAUGGAGCUCAACAGAUAUCAGGCAUUUCCAUUACGGCUGGACGUGAUCGAAGGCAUUUUAAAUCAGACGAUGAUGAUGACAAGAAGGUUCAAAGGAGCGAAGUGGGUAGCAGCACCACUCAAGACCCUCCCGAUUACGAUGCCGAACUAUUGGACAUGACCAACAAUACAAAAUCCACAGUACGAUUUCGAUCUCCGGCAUAUCCGAUAAAUAGAAAAUCUGAAAUGAUUUCCUCUUCCGAAGAGAACAACAUUACCGAAUCCGUGACAUUCGGUUAUUCCUAUAACGAAUCCGAUAUGCAAGUUGAAUCUUCAAAUAUAGCAGCAGCUCAAGUCACCCCCGUGCCAUGGGAAUUAAUACAAAACAAUGCUUCCAAGUCGGAAAAACAAACGCUGGCAGCAGCAGCUCUUGUACAACAACAGCACCCAGCCACACGCUUGUUACAACCACAACAGAGACCAGCUAUUUCCGCACCGUCACCUCUGCCACCCCCUUUAAACAUACGUGAUAAUCAGGUGCGUGUUGUCAUUCACAAUAUCACCCAACUAACGGCGGAUGAUGUGGAACGCAACAAUGCCGAUGAUGACAAUGGUGGAAUGUAUGGCGUGUCGUCGGCAAUAUACGAUGGGGAGAUUAUCAAUGAUAAAACAGAUGAACGACCCCUUACGAAUCAAACAGAGCUGAUUUAUUCGGUGUUUGUUAAUGGGAGGCCAGUAUUGGCGGUUACAGCUGCCAAUGAUAUGAAAUUAGUCAGCGAAUCAGAGGUAUCCACAGUAUUGGGCAAAGAGAUUAUUAUGAAAGCCGAACCCUAUCUUCGUGAACCUCAAGCCACACCCUUGGCACCGGCAACUCACAGCGGUGGCACACAUGGCUUUAUUGAUUCCAUACAAAACAAUCCGCUUUUGGUGAUUGUGAGUUCCAUUGCAAUAUUGUUGUUAUUCCUCUUGCUCAUUGCCCUGCUCUUGAUGGGACGAUCACAUGUGAGGCAUAAAAAUGAGCAAAUCAAUAGAACCACAAGUCGCAAUGAACUUAUAUCCGAGACCCACUCCGGCCGGCCCACAUCAAGUGCAACUGCACCCGACACAGGACGUACUACAGGAACCGGCGAAUCCCGCGACGCUGGCAUACAAAACUUUUCAUUUGAACACGAAAGUGGUCGUAGCACACGAGAACCACGCAUACACUUCCCUGGUCCACCUGACCAAAGUCAACGUAGAGCUUCGGUGACCUCUUCUGAUAACACUUCCGACUCCUCGGUUUAUUGUCCCAUCAAUCCUCCCUCGGCAGAUGUACAGCGUAUGUUGGAUGAAAAAUCCAAUGGACUUUUUGAACGCAACCGCGCACGUCAUCUGGGUAAAUACAAUCGGGCAGAAAGCAAUGAAGAGGCCAUCUAUACAACAGUUAUUUCCGAAAAGAAACGCGACAAAUCACGACACAAACCCAAGAGGCGUUACCUAUCGGAAAAUCGUGUCGGUUCUCUUGAAACGAGUCCGGUACAAAGCCAACGAGAUUACUCUGGUGAUGAGUUGGAUAGGACCUAUGUUAAUUUUGAUCCUCCAAAUGAGGCCUUUAAUCCCCACACGAAUUAUCAUCGCAACAAGCUGCUGCAUCAAAAAACCAUUUACACGGACAGGGGUGACCAGCUGGAGCGACAACAUCACCACCAUCAGCAGCAGCAUCCUUCCACAGAGGCAAUAAAUAAGGAAAUUAUAAGGGCCUUGCAGCCAACGGAGAAAUCAUCGGACUCAGGUAGCAUAGGAUCUUUCUUGUCAAUGCAGUCGGUGAAGGCCUUCCCGAAGACUACAUUGCCCGAGCCUCUUAAUCGUGUUCUCGAACCGGUCUUUGUGACCUAUUAUGACAAUGUGGAAAAUGUCCCACAAACUUCGGCGAAAUCGGUUAGGAAUCAGCACAAAAAACGUAUGUCCCAUGAUCAGAUGCCACUGGAUGCCACCAGAAUAGCCACCAUUGAGGGAUUUCCCACGCCCAAAGCUCCACAAAAAGUACAGCGUUUUGCCUCACAGAGUGAUAAUCCCGAUCCGGGUGUUGUGGGACCCAUUGUUUGGGAGAGGCACAAGAAGCGGUUAAGUGCCGAUGAUAUUUUGGACAAUGACUAUGGAGAUCAUGGCGAUAGAAAUUUCGAUUAUUAUAGUCCAUCGCGAGAUCCAGCUGCCAUGCGCAACCAUUACGAAGGUCUACUCGAGGGCGCCAUACAAAUGUAUUCCAGCCAAGAUGAUUUACCCAUGCCACUGCCGAAUCGUGAUUUCACCAAUAAUCGCAAGCCAACCAAACGUGAAUUACGUGGCUCAUCUGCGGGGGCCUCGAAUGCGAAUCUGAAAACCCAAACUGGCGAUAAUCGCCCGUCAACAGCUCAACCCUUAAAAACCACCAAAUCCAAUCACUCAACACAACCCCCCUCUCCCACUGUGGGCGCCUGGGAUGGUGGCAGCAUCUAUGGUUCUCACUCGCCCAUGGUAAGACCCAUGAGUGCCGGGCCCUUUCAUCGUCCAGCCGAAAUCCAGCCUCAAAUUUCAUCCACACGCCACGUUCAGGAUCUAUCCGCCGCACCACUCAUUGAGGCCAUACAAAAGGAAUUGAGAAAAUUCCAAAAGGAAUCGAAUUAAAUGAGAGCCUCAAAGUUGGAUCCUUAUCUUAGAUUAAAAAACUAAAAUUGAAUGUAGAUAACCUUGUAUUUUUCUCCAUCAAGUUCAAUUAUUUUUUUCACAAGAAUUUUUAUUGCAUUUAAUUAAUAAAAAAGCGUAUGGUAGAGAUAAAA